AUGACUGCUGCUGGAUUCAAUUAUACGGGCAACAGAGACACAGUCCGUUGUGAUACUUGUGAACUAGAAGUAUCGGAAUGGACAUUAGAUAUGAAGCCAUUUACUAUUCAUGCACAACGGAGCCCUAAAUGUGCAUUUGUUCGCACUAUGGUGCCGGACAGAAUAACUCCUGCACCAUCAACCAUGAAUCUUUUUGCAACGACCUCAACAUUAAUGAAUACUGAACAGCCAUCUAAACGUCAGAAAAUUGAAGCAACACAAGUUAUUUGUCAGCCACACAGACUUAUCGAAAUUGAUAUAGUCCAGCAAAUACGAAAAAGAACGUUUUCACAUUGGCCACAUCGAACAUCACCUUCAGGUGCCCAAAUGAUCGAAGCUGGCUUCUUUAACUGUAACGUUGGAGAUCGUGUCAUUUGUUUGUAUUGUAAUAUCAUUUGUCAACAAUGGACACCGCACACUGAUGACCCAUGUGAAAUACAUAAAGCACUUUCUCCUAAAUGUCCGUAUGUCAUCGCAAUGCUAAAGAGCCAGGAAAUAUCAUCAAUUCGUAUUGUUAAUGAACAGCUAACCCGAGAAAACUCCACAGUGACAACAAAUAACGACAUAUUUCGGAGUAAUGAAAUUGUUUAUACUGCUGCAUGUCAUAUAAACUAUAUUGAAAUUCCUAGACGUCACGCUUCUUUUUCCACAUGGUCGAACGAAAACUUGCCAUCUGUUGAUGAUCUAGUCAGAGCAGGCUUCUUUUAUACUGGUAGCAAAACUAUUGUAACAUGUUUCUAUUGCAAUGGAUCAUUGCAAAACUGGGGACCUAACGAUAAUCCAAUGAUUGAACAUGCUCGAUGGUUUCCACAUUGUGCCUAUGCUAAACAGCUGUGCGGUGCAGAUCUGUAUCGAAAAAUUCAAGAAUCGAAAAGAGCUCAACAAGAAAGAGCGAAUGCAAAUGAAGCUAAUAGACGAUUCGCAAGAGGUGAUGCUCUUACAGGCAGAUGGCAGCUUAACAUACCAGAUGAGAGUACUUUAUCACGAUACGUAGCGGCACGACUUGAUUUGCCAAUUUCACAAAGCUUGCUUGACCGCAGUUAUAAAUUAUCCAUCAUCAAACGUUGUUGGGAAGAUCAACUUAGAUUAAAGCAGAUUCUUGCUCGUGAACAAGCUGCAUGUAUAUCAACACUAACGAACGCUUCUAGUAGUACGGAUUUCGAAAUAUCCACAUCAUCGGAUUCAAUUAUGGAUGAUGGAAAUUUCAAGAAGUCAACAGUAAAGACCGAUCAAAAACAAGAUAUUAAAACAGCGAUAAUAACGUUACCUGCUAAAGACCAAGCUAAUAGUUCUUCAUCAUCAAAUCUUUGUGUUUUAUGUUUGGAAGAAGAAAAGCGUCUCGCCUGUAUGCCGUGUGGUCAUUUAGCUACAUGUGUUCCCUGUGGUCAUUCUCUUCGAUCGUGUCCGAUAUGUAGAACAGGCAUCGAUGCUUUUGUUCGUAUAUAUCUGUGA